CGCCUGCAGGGGGCGCUGUGGGCCGCCAUGCCGCCCCCGGUAAACAUGGCGGUGUAAACGCGACCAGAAAGCGGAGCUCCGGACAGAUACCUCUCAGCGGGAACAUUUCCAGCCGUGUGAGAAGCACCGACGGCCGGAUUCAAUCGGUCCGGUGACCCCCGCCGUGUCUCUCCCUGACUGGGAUUCGAUCCCGAGUGAUCAAAUCCGAAGCGUCCGCUCGGAGUUAGUAGCGAGUUUUUUCAGACGUCGCCACGGAGGAGGGAGCCUCUGACUGACGCGGGGCUGUUGAAUCAGUCAGUCACAGACUCCCAAAAAAAGGGAGGAAACACUGAGCAGCAAAGCUCCACACAUGAGGAGGCAUCUGACAGAACCUGCACAGCCCAAGAACACACACAGAGCAUAUGGAUCCCAUUGACUCUGGACAAGGGCAAGAGAAGCCGGCAGAUUUAACUACCAGCUCAAGAGGACGACUACGAAAGAAAAACUCUAAAUAUUUGGAUUAUGAAACUGAUGGUCCGUCUGAUGUGCGAAAGUCCCAACAAAUACCACGAAGAACGAGGUCAGGAGGAGGAAGAGAAGCGCCUUCUAAAAAGUCUCCGGCAAAGAGGGGCAAAGCUAAGAACGGCAAACGACAGACCGAAGAUGCUGAAGAAGAAGAAGCUAUCGUCAAAACCCCUCAAGAGUCUGAUGGGAAGACCUCCGAGGAAACUCCUAAAAAGGCGACGAGAGCCAAGAAGACCCCGGCCAAAAAGACUCCUGCCAAGAAAACUCCCCCCAAAAGAACGCCGGCCAAAAAAACUCCCAACACCAAUGGGGAGGGUGGAGCUGUAGAAACUGUGCAGCAGGAAAAUGGGACGCCAAAGCCAAAGAGACGGUACGUGAGGAAGCAGCCUGCAAAGGAACCUGUUGAAGAACCACCGUGUGAGGCGGUUGAAUCCGAGGAGGAGACCACGCUGGGUGGGCGCCGCAGGAGAGGUGCUGCUAAAGCGGCGUUGAAGUACCUCCACAUUUUGGCAAAAGAAGCGCUCAGUCAUACCAGUGAUGAUUCCGGCUCCCAUCCAGGGGGCAACAGUGAUAAAACCCACGGACACUCAGUCACGGGGCGGAAAGGUCUCAAAGGGCGCAAAGGCCAAAAGAGGAAAUGCUGUGACAGUGAUGCAGAAGAAGACGAGGACUUUGUUCCAGAUGUUGAAGAAGAGGAUGAGGAGGAGGAGGUUGAGGCGAUGGAAGAGGAGGCAGAAAACUCAGACUCUGACUCUGGACCAGGUGGAAGAAGUCCAGCGUCUUAUCACUUCGUCAAGACUCACACAGGCCCAAAUCCCAAAACCCCCAACGGGCUCACCACCAACAUCAUGAAAACAGUUUGGGAAGCCACAAAUACGACCAAGAAAUUCCGGGAGGAGCACUACAGCAGCUGGGUGUUCCCAGAUUGGGUCCCCUCCACCAGUGCCUGGAACCUCGUACCACCAAGUGAUUUGGAGAAAUACCUGCCUCAGGAGCUUCAGUCGGCUGCUUUCAAAGUGUCCAGAGAAGGCCUCAGUAAGGAGGAGACGCCUCUGCAAAGACUCAGCAGGUUCUCAGCGGUACCCGCUCACCCGGAUCGCUGGGACAUGCUGCUGAAUGCGGGUGGACCAGUCUGGGCUAUGGAGUGGUGUCCCACGCCUGAUGGUGCUCCGGCAUCCCAGUACGUCGCUCUGGCCUGCCAUCGAGGGAUGGAAGACCAACACUGCGUCAACAAGACGCACAGCGGAGCUGGACUCGUUCAGCUGUGGGACCUGGGCGCGCUGGAGUACAACAGCAGACCGGAAUCUACACCAGCCUUGGCCUAUGGCUUGGCCCAGGACAAAGGCUUCAUCUGGCAUCUGAAGUGGUGUCCUGCAGGAGGCUGGGAGCUCCCCAGCUGUGGCAGAAAGGCUCCGUUCCUGCCCAGACUGGGUCUUCUGGCAGUCGCCGCCUCCACCGGUGUGGUCACCAUUUACAGCCUGCCCCACCCAGACGCUCUGCACUCCAGCAAUGGGCAAACUGAAAAGGCCAGUCAACAGUUGCCGAUUUACCAGGCAGAAGGAGUAUUAACACUGAAGCUGGGCUCCUUUAAAGCCCCUCGCCAUGAAAAGAGCGGACAAGUCCUGUCUAUGGACUGGUUGCCUGCAAAACCUCACAAUAUAAUGGCUAUUGGAUUUUAUGACGGUAUAGUAGGUCUGUGGGAUCUGUCCACAAAGUCGGUGCUGUUGCGAGUGCAAGAGUCGGAGUCCCUCAGCCUGCUGCCCUAUCGGUGCUUUCUAGCUCACGACAACGCCGUCCGGGCCCUUUCCUUCUGCCCCGCCUCCAGAUUCUUGUUGGUGACAGCAGGAGAGGACCGCUAUGUGAAGACGUGGGAUCUGAGGAGGCUCUACGAUCCAAUCACAGUCCAGAAACGCUACCUGACCAAUGAGAUCUACUGGCCCCUGAACGCACCAGGCCUCCUGUUCGCCCAGGAGAACGCCUACGCAGCGUAUGGUUCACAGGGAGUUCAUUACUUUGACCAUCACUUACGCGCCAUCUUUGCAAUUCCUCGGACUGGCACUCUUUGGUCCAUAUCGUACACCGAGUGGUUGAACAGUGUGGUGACGGCGGACACCCUCGGGGACGUCAUCCUCGCCCUCCUACCUCAGAUAGGCGUCAUCCCUCAGUACAUCAAACGCACGUUAGAGAGGCGCUUUCCCGUCUACCUCACAGCUCUGGUGCCUCACGAUACAACCGAAGAAGACAAUCAAGAGACGGGAGGAGUCGAGGAGGAGGAGGAAGCGGAGGAGGAGGGAGAUGCUGUCGAAGAGCAGGAAGGAGGAGAGAAUGAAGGACCGGAUGCUGGAGCGGAAGGAGGGAAUGAGAACGAUAAUGAAAACGGAAGAGACGGAGGAAAAGCGAGAAAAGAAGAUGAAUGUCCUUCACUGCAGACGUACAAAGAGGCCGUGAAGAGAAACUUGCUCCAUCACAGAGACAGCGACAUGCGGACUUUUGUAAGGAGCGAGAAGAGACCUGUGUGGAAACGCAUGAAAGACACGGAGUUGAAGACAAAGCUGAGCAUGGAUGACAUGCCAUUGGCUGCUCUACACAAGGUGCGAUUCAACCCGAACCUGUGCUGCCAUACCUGGUUGGUGUCCGGGGGCCAGUCGGGGCUGGUCAGAAUAAACUGUCUGAGGGCCAUGAUCAGCUCCCAGGCCAAGACGAUCAUAAGUGAGAACCAGGCCCAGUUCAAUGCACUGUACUCUCCAAAAGACCAGGAGGAGCUAUAGCAAGAGUUCAGCACCUGAAGGUGGAUCACAAACACACAUGCCUGGAAAAGAGUAUUUUUAAGAAAUAAUGAAACUAAUAUUCCCUCAGCACAUAUAGUAUUCAUCUGCUGUUUUUCAACUGGGUUUAAUCCCGUUUCAAAUGUCCAAAAGGACAGCGGUGUUCUCAAAAUUCUGCCUGAAAGUGUCCCAGGUCGAUGGAGAACCACGGGUAAGAGUUUCCACCUCCAGAAACCAUUUUACUUCCCACCAAAUGUCUCAGAGAUGCACUUUUUUUCGCACCAAACUUUUAUCAACAGCAGCUGGCAGUUAAGUGCCUCCCUAAACGUUAGCAUUUUCCACCUAAUUAAUAUUGAUUCCAAGUAGGGUUUUCUGUUGCUACAGUUUCUCUUAUUUGGCAUACAAAUUGCAAACAUGGCAGUGAAUCCAUUUUUGAAAACAGUCCAAGUAAUAGAAAUGUAAAUUAUCUAUUAUAUAAUCAACCACUCUCAGGAAAAAUAAUGAAUACCUCCAGCUAUUUUAAAUUGAUAUUAACAACAACAAUAAAAGUCUUUGUUUUGCUGAAAUCUAGUGGUUAAAGUUGUCAACUACGAUGUAGAAGUGUACUUCAAAUUGUGUAAGUACACUGUGACAUCACUGUAGGGUGUAGUUAAAGGUGCAACAGGCUUAUUUAUAAUUAAAAAAAAAGUGAAUUCUUUUAAAAUUCUAACAGUAUGCAUUCUAUUUUUUCCACUUCUUUCAGGGUAAUGCAAAGUAGCCAUGACUCAUAAUUAUUUUAUACGUCACUAGGUGGGGCAGAAAUGCAAACAAAUUGUGUGAACAGGAUUCACACAGUUGUGUGAGGGACUUGGGUGCAAAAUGCCGGAAUCUGGGUAAACUUUUUCCUUGUGCAUUAUUUUAGCAAAGUUUAGAUAUUUUUAAUCCGUAAAACAUUCCACUGCAGUUUUUGUUAAUUUGUGUCUUCAGAUUUGUUGGCCUUACUAGCAAUAGCGUGUAGCAACGAGGAUAGCAGCACCUCGGUCGGUUGAUCAGUCCAGCACAACACAACAGAUGUCAUAUGUUUUUGUCCAGAGUACAACAAUCAUUACGUGUAGUAAUGUUGGUUUAUGAACAUGCUAUCUUUUUUUUGGUUUUUUUUCCAGUGAGAGAAAUGCAUUCUGAUUUUUUUCCCCCAAAAUCUCCUCCCACCUCACUUUUAUGUUUUAAACCGUGAACUGUGCUGGGUUUAAAAAAUAUCAACAGCAAUCUGUGAAAACAUGUCUUUUAAAUAAUGAGUUCACCCAAAAACAUUGCAAAUUUUAUAUAUUUCUCACCUUCAUAGGCUCUCUAAGGUCCCAUCUAAGGUUUUCUAUUGACCAACAUUUAGGAGAGCAGAACGCCCGGAAAAUGAAAGCAUCAGUGCAAACUUACCACAACUGAGUCAGAACUAAAGGCGGCAAAGAACGGUUAUGAAAAUGUCUGGACAACUUUCCAAAAACUCCUCUGCAGCAACAUUCAAGUGUCUUGUACCCAUUUGUGUGCUCAUGGAAAUCCAAACACAACUAUUUUCCUCCAAACUUUUACUGAAAAAAAGGCUUUUUCUGGAUUAACCUUCCGUGAAGGAAUUUGUUGUGCAAUAGUUAAAAAAAAACAAAAAACUGUUGUGUGUGGAUUUCCAUGAGCCUAUUGCCGAACUGCAAUUUUCUGUCUUUUGCGUCUUUUAUAACCUUUUUGGUUUCAUUUGGCUUUCGUAUAAGUCUGUUUGAACUAAUUGCUUUUAAUGUUUGGCAUCUCUGUUUUGCUAAAUGCCAUUUGGCAGAAAACUUUUUCUGGGAUCAGAAGUACUUCAUACAGUUUAUAUAGUUUUUUGGGUGAACUUUCUCCAAGCCCAUCUUUGCUGCUGUAUUUUUGCUAAUUUAACCUUUUUUGUCUUUUAUCAUGUCAAGAAAAACUCAGGCUUUUAACUGAGGGGAAAUACUUGAAUUUUUUUAGUGUAUCUCUGCUGAAUGUAAUGUUUAUAAACGACACAUAUAUAUGUAUUUUUUUCUUCAUGGUUCUUUUCUCUAGUUGGUGAAUUAUUCCUGCUGUUCCUUUCAAAUGUUUUGUUUAGUUCUUGUAUUAGAGGAGCUGCUGUAUGUGACAUGACCUAAUUUAUUUUUCAGUGUCUAAAAAACAAAUUAGAAAAUGUUAAUGUUUCCAGACGCAGCUGUCUCCUUUUUCGAAGUUUACGAAAACAGUUUUUCCUCUAAGUUUAAUUAGGGGUUUGAAAACGUUGGUUUUGUCUUUUCAAUUUUAUUUACAAAUCUCAUUGACAGUUUCAGAACGCUGUUUAAUAAACGCCAUGAUAACGUUGUCAGUUAUGAAAAUUGUUCAUGAAUGACAACAUUGUCAUUAACAUGCAAAUCACAAUAAUGAUUAUAAAGGCAUCAAAAUGUACAGCGACUGCUCUUGUUUUGCUCUUUUGCUAUUUUUGAAAUGUUACAUACAAUAAAAGAUUUUUGUAAUAAAG